UGAAUUGACCGAUUUACUAAAUUUGAUUAUUAAACCAUUAUCCCCGCAUGCUAAUUUUAAUCAAAUUAUUGAUGAUCUAUCGAAAGGUUCUCGAUUAUGCUUAGAUGUUACAAAAACUUAUCAUUUAGAUCGAAUUCAAGCAGUUCAAUCAAUGUUAUCAAGUCCAUUUCGUGAAGAUGCUUGGUAUUUAGUACAUGAAAUCGAUUCAAAUAUAUUUGGUAAAUGUCGAAUAAUUUUAAUACGUUUACGAAUGUAUUUUCUUCUGAUGCAUCAAAUACUUACAAAUGAUAUUAAUCUUCAAAUACAAACUUCAAGUUUACAUUCAUUAAUAAGUAAUAAUAAUAAACGACAAGAUUCAAAUUUAUCAAUAUCAAAUAAUCUUAAACGUAGAAAAAUUCUAGAUUUCAAAGUGUAA